AUGCGGGCUAGGGAUGUGGAGGGGAUCGGGAUUGGGAGAGGCUGGGAUUGGGAUUGGGAGGGGAGCGUGGGGUUGGAGGAAGGGGGCAGGAGGGAGCCUAGAGUUGGCUCAGCUUCUUCCGCCGCUAGAGAAGGGAAAUCGAAGUCUGCAACUUCGGGCGCAGAAGUUCCACUCGUUACCGCUCAAGUCCCUCGUCUCCUCAUCGUCUCCCUCACCGUCUCCACCGUCUCCUUCACCGUCUGCCAUCCCCUCUUCCUCGUCGUCGGCCACCUCCUCGACGUCCCCCUCCUUCCCCUGUUCACUCCUUACACACCACGCUCAUUACCCUCUCUACCAUCCAACAAGAUGUUCUCCCUAGCCCUUCUAGCCCUCCUCGUCGUCAAGGCCACCGCACAAGUGCCUUCCUCCAUCUCCAACACCUGCGCAUCCUACCUCACAUCGCUCAACACCGACAGCGCACUCUCAUCCUGCAUCCAGCCUUUGCUCAGCGCCGCCUCCUCCUUCUCCCCCUCUAGCAGCAGCUCCACCUCCCAGCUCUCUAGCACCCUCACCACCCUCUGCUCUGCCUCCCCUUGCUCGGACACAGUCAUCCGUUCCCACUUAACCAACUUCUACUCUUCUUGCCAACCAGAGCUCACAGCCUCCAACACUACUUCCGGCACAGCAGGCACCGCCUAUGCAGAAGUACGCCAGUUCUACGACGUCCUGUACGUUAUCAACCCUCUCCGUUCUGCCGUCUGCAGCAAGGACAACUCCACCGGUGCCUGGUGCGUCGAGGAGAUCGCACACGAUAAUGCCGUAGCGGGGAACAACACCGGCGGCGCCGGGGGGGUAGUGAACGCCGCCGUCGCACCGUCAGAACAAGACAAAGCGAUACAGCUCGCCCAGGAUUACCUGUACAUCUCCGCUCCUACGCUCGUCAAGCGCGCCGACAGUACCAGCACCACCUCCGCCCCGCUCAGCACGCCUUCGCCUUUGGCAGGGGACAACAACAUCCUCCCCAACAGCACCACGUAUGGAAGUACGAACCUGGCAUUCCUCUUCCUCCUCCCUUCCCUCUCUAGCAACCUCCUGUGCACCUCGUGCACCCGCACGCUCCUCACAUCGUACAUCAAAUGGGAAAGCUCCGUCCCCUACGCGCUCGGACUCUCAAACUCGCAGAUCCUCGGUGGCCAAGCAGCGUUAUGGAACGGAGUCUCCGCUACCUGCGGAACCGGGUUUGUCGGGGACGUAGAACAGGGUGCGGGCACGGUGCUAGGCGGCUCGCUGAGUGGUGCACUCCCCCUCUUGAGCCCAGAAUGGGCAAAAGCAAUCGCGGGGGUGGUGGCGGGACUGGCGGCGCUCCUGGCGCUCUGAACGGCCCUUGGACGUUGGUCGUUGGGACGCAGGGACGCACGGGUGUUAUACCCAUACCCGCCCGCUUGGUUUAGUUCGAAAGACUACAUUAUGAAUCUACGAUGAUUGAGCUUGGCUUUUUUUGAUAUAUUCUUCUCUACUUGCCUUCUUCCCUCCCCUCCUUCUCUGCUUAGCGGCUCUCCCUCCCUCUUCCUCUUCCCCUUCCCGUUCCGCCUCCCCCCCCUUCCUACGCUUGUAGCUUUUGCCUUCCUCUGCGUUUACGCAUUUGCUCUACAUACUCUCUAUCGCGCGCGCGCAGGCUUGCGCUAUACUUGAUACUCGAUAUCUACAACCUUUGUCAAUUGGGAAUCGAAUUCAG